AUGGAAGGGAUCUGGGCCGCUGGCUUGUUGUUCUUGUUGCUGCCGCCGCCGCUGCUGCUUGCGGUAAAAGAACGGAGACAUGCAGCAGCUACCGUUAUGCGGUACACUCAACCCAUCCCACCCCAGCCUGCCAUCAACAUCCCGGGCUCGACGGGCGGAGACGCGGUGAAUUGGAUUUUUAGCGUGCUCCGUAGUGAAAUUUUGGUUCCUGUGCGGACGACGCAGAGGCCUGUCAGACCGGAAAUUGCUCCUCUCAUUUUGACUGGCUGCAAGCUUGCCAUCUCGCAAGCGACCCCUGGAUUUGUGCGCAAGGCGCCUUGCAUUUCAUUACAAUACUGUAUUGUUUUCGAUGAGGAUACAGGAGUAUUGACCGCGCCAAAAUUGAUCAUAAGGUAA